AUGCCCUUGGCCAACCUGCCUGUAGAGAUCAGGCGCCUUAUACUCGAUGCUCUGGUGAGAGAUGGCUGCGAGCUGGCGUCCUUUGCUGCCGUAUCGCGAGAAUGGCAAGCAGUCAUCGAGCCACACACAUUCAAAGGGAUCAAAGUCACCCCUUCACGCAUCGCCGAGCUUGACGACAUGACGCGUCGCAAUCGAUCUUACGUACGGUACUUGUGGUUUUGCUUGGAGUUGGAACGCUACGAUUGUGACACUUGUUCUCCCGAUAAUGACGUUCCAAUGUUCAACAGCGCCGCAGACGACCUUCUGAUCAAGACGGGCAUUCGAUCUCUUUUCUUGGUCCUUGGCGCUUGGGGCCGAAGCAGCUGUCUCACACUUGAUAUCAGCGUCUACUCUACCAGUGAUCCAGAGCAUUGGUUCAAGUACCUCACAUUUGAACCAGACGAUGAUGAAGAUGACGUGCCACGGCUCAAUCAAGCAGUUCCAAGCCAAAUAAACGAUGAUGCACGGCAUCGAUGGGAUACUACCGGUCAGGAAGCCAUGACGGCUGAUGCUACUGUCAUGAACGUCUUUACUAGGAUAUUAGACGAUCCGUUGGGCGAAUUCGAUGACGAAGAGAUGGGCCGUUUUGGAUGGUGGAGAGAGCUACCACCGGAGCCUGAAGCGCUUGAGGAAAUGCUCAACCUGUUCCCUAAUCUGUCCGAGCUACAUUAUGAGCCGUGGAGGGAGUGGGAUGACAUGCUCCAGGACUCUACAGACCGAGAUUAUCAUACUCUGCUUUACUCCCCUAGCAUUCGAAGGCUGACUAGAUUCACCAUAUUCGAGAAUUUCAACCAGCGCUACGUGCACGCUUUCGUGGAGGAAUAUUGCAAACGUAUUCGCUCACCAAAUCCUGCUCUUAGCCGACUCCUCUCUGACGUUAGUACCAAUUAUGAAUCUCUUUCAGCAUCAUACGUGGUGGACGCGGAUAGUUUCUUUGCCGCAGACGAAGGUCAGCCACCAAAAAGAUGGCCCAAUCUGAGGCAUCUGUUCCUUACUUCACAGUUGUUGGCGCCUGAUCAAGAUGAGACACGAAUUACGAACAUGCUUCGAGCAGCAGCAAAAGCGGCCAUUCAUAUGCCAAAGCUUGAAACAUUACAAAUAUGGAAUGGACGAAAGAAUCUUGCCGGACUUUUCAAGUAUGAGGCCGCCAGAAAACAAGGCCAGACUUUUACCAUUACUUGGAGGGGCACCUGGGAGUUUCUUUUGCAGACUUCAGUCAUUCAAGCUUGGCAAUCACUAGCAUCUGAGGUCUCCGAACAUGGAACAAUUAGAAUAAUUUACGAAAGUAUUGAUGACAAUCAGGUACGAUGUCACGGAGAUGCGAUGGUCCUUCUAGAGCUUCCGGACGCGGUCAUCCGACGUGUUUCGCUACGACAGCUUCAGAGAGAACAAAUGUACAUACCACUGCAGUCACCAACCCUAAGUCCCUAUAUAACGGACCCUUACGGAUUGCUGAUGCCUCCUGAUUCGAUUCCUCUACUGUUAUAG